CUUCUUCAAUAAAACCUCUCCGCUGUGCGCGUGCACACCGCCAACAAGUUUACACACUGGACAGAAGAAGCGGCUGAUAAUGGAAAACAUCAGUGAUUAUCUGUGCAAGUAUAAAGGCUAUGUUUUUGCAAGAGGUGAAACCACUGCGGAGUACAUCGACUCUCUUCAACAUUUUGAGAUUCGUGACAGUGACAUUUUUUUGGUGACGUAUCCCAAGUCAGGUACAAUAUGGGCACAGAAUAUCAUCUCUUUAAUAUGCCAGGAUGACUUGAAGGAAACUAAAUAUGCUAACAACCUUGAGUUGAUGCCCUGGUUAGAGUAUCGUGAAGGCAGACCCGACUAUUCCUUACGCCCAUCUCCACGACUUUUCGCUACCCAUCUUACACCCACAUUAAUGCCACCAGGACUUAAAAACAAGAAGGCAAAGAUUGUGUAUGUGAUUAGAAAUCCCAAAGACAAUGCUGCGUCAUAUUUUCACUUUUCCCAUGUCUGGGCCAAGCUUGAGAAACCAAAGAGUUUUGAAGAUUUUCUGCAGCAAUACUUAUCAGGAAAUGUCGGAGGUUCCUCAUGGUUUGACCAUAUCCGAGAGUGGUACAGUAAAAAGGAUCAGUACAACAUCCUUUUCCUGACAUAUGAGGACAUGAUCAUGGAUCUUAGGACAGCAGUGGAGAAAAUCUGCCAUUUCUUUGGAAAAAGUUUGGAUGACACUGCCAUCUCCCAUAUAGUGGAAAAGGCCACUUUCAAAAACAUGAAGCAGGACCCCAAAGCAAACUAUUCGUUUAUACCUCAAGACCUGCUACUUCAGCAACAAUUCAUGCGCAAAGGCACCAUAGGUGAUUGGAAAAACCUUUUCACUGUGGCUCAAAGCGAGAUGUUUGAUCAGAUCUACAAUGAAAGAAUGAAAAACAUCCCCUUAGAUUUUAUCUGGGACUUGGACAGUAAAACAAAUUAAAUUGAAUGUCAGUAAUAUAAUAUUGCCAAUAUAAUAUUUUUUUUUUAAACUGCAGUGCCAACAUUGAAGGAUAACUGAGGUAAUACAAUAAGAAAAUGUGUAAGUUGUGAUGAGACUGACAAAUCAGACUCUGUUCCUGUUGCUCAAUUAUGUUAGUAGGACAAACGUAAAGGGUUCAACUCCCAGGGACCACACUUGCUAAUAAAGGGGUGGUUUCCAGAACACGGAAUAGUUUAAGCCAGGACUAGGCCUUAGUUUAAUUAGGAAAUAUAACUAGU